UUCUUCAUCUUUUGUUUCUCUGGUCGCCGGGUUCUUUACGAACGUCAACAAACAAAAGUAAAACGAAAACGGUGCCGCAAGCGGCAUGUCGUAAAAAAGAAAAAUUGGGAAGAAAAAUGAUGCUUCCAUCUAUUUCUGGAACUGCCAUUUGUGAUAGAGAUCGUACCAAGCCGGGUGUGACUGAUUGUUUGAGCAGAUAUUAUAGACUCCUGUAUAUAAAAGUGAAAGUUCUGUCACUGUAAUCUAAAUAACAUUAUUGCUUUCUGCCCUUUUUUCCGGAGCGCAGCUUAAAGAACAUUUGGAUGAACACCCUGUGAAAUAUUAACAUUGAGAAGAUUCUUUGGAUAAUUUACAGCAUUUAAGACGGCGAGAGCGGGAUUACCGUUACAAUUUAAACUGAAAAGCUACAAAAUGAGUCAGAUAUGUCGAUUUCGAUAUUUUCUGAUGAUAAUUGGAAUACAAACCAUUUUCCUGACAGGAAAAGCAGAACAAGCUCAUCAAGUAAAAGGCGCAGAUAAAGCAGCUGAAGAUACUAGGACCAAGGAAGUGCCCAUGAGGUUCAGUUAUUCUGUAGAAGAUUCGCUCGACAGAUCCAAUCAUUUUAGACAAGAACAAAGAGAUGCUAAUGGUGUUGUCCGAGGAAGUUAUGGAUUCCAGAAUCCUGAAGGAGCUUUCCGACUAGUUCAUUACAUAGCUGAUGAUAAAGGAUUUCGUGCUCAUGUAACUUCAAACGAGCAUGGUCUAGGUCAACAGAACCCAGCAAGUGUGAACAUCAACCGUUUUGCUAGAAGACCUUCAAUCCAAGAUGAGAAAACUUUCAUGAGAAAUCCAUUUUUAUCUCAUCAAAAAGGUUAUAAUAAAGUUGAGUCACAAAGCUUAGAAAAUCAAGAUUAUCCUCAUCCCCAUUCAUUUGCUCCUGCUCAACAGAGGCGCCGUUUCAGUGGAAGAUUUAUACUACCGGCCACCAAAGAUUGAAAACGAUCCAUCGAAAUUAAGAAUAUUUAA